ACUGCCAAGUGCUUCCGGUGGGGUUGUACUUCCGGGUGGGCGGCCGGUGGCGGCGGGUGCCGCUCCUGGUGUCCCCCCCCCGCCAUGUCCACGCUGUUCCCCUCGCUGCUGCCCCGCGUCACCGAGUCCCUGUGGUUCAACCUCGACCGGCCCUGCGUGGACGAGACCGAGCUGCAGCAGCAGGAGCAGCAGCACCAGGCCUGGCUCCAGAGCAUCGCCGAGAAGGACAACAACCUGGUGCCCAUCGGAAAGCCGGCGUCCGAGCAUUACGACGAGGAGGAGGAGGAGGACGACGAGGACGAUGAAGACAGCGAAGAGGACUCGGAGGACGACGAGGACAUGCAGGACAUGGAUGAGAUGAACGAUUAUAACGAGUCUCCCGAUGACGGGGAGAUUAACGAGGUGGACAUGGAGGGAGCAGAGCAGGAUCAGGACCAGUGGAUGAUCUGAUCCCACCCAGAGCCGAACUGGAGCCUGAGGACGGGAGGAGGCUGGGGGGGGGUGAGCCCUCCCCCAUGGCGGUUUGGGGCUGGGGGGCCGUUUGAGUGAAGCUCCUCCUGCCGUGGCCGCGCCGGGGGCUGCGUGGGGCGGGGGGUG